AUUUCCCGAUUCUGCUCUUCUUCUUCCCGCUGCAGCCGAACAAAGCCCCUAAGCUGCUGGCGACUUCCUCCCUUGAAAAACCGGUAAAGCUUGAUGAUUUUCCCUUAUUUUCUUGUACAAGAACCUGAUUUGGAACCCAGAAAUCUCUCCCCCCUGCAGGAGCUUCCGGAUCUGCCUUGCUCUGCUUCUUCACCGCCGGCUGCUCUUGCCUUGUGGGGGCGAAUUGGCUUGGUUUUUUGAAUUUCCCUUCCAUGCCGCCAGCUCUUCCCCAAAUUGUAGCUCCGGCCUUGCUUGCUAGAUUCUGGUAUGUGGCAGCCUUAAACCAUUGUUUUUAAGCUUGAUUAAGGUAGAAUUAGCUUGAUUAGUUUGCUGCCGUGUGAUGUCCGAAUUUGACAGAAAAUUGGGGAUAAUUCCGGUAGCUUUAGGAUGAGAUUUAAGCACUAAUUCAAGUGAAUUUAUGUGAUUGAGUGUUAAUUGAUUGAUGUGUGAUUUUUGGAGAGAAAACCCCGUGAUUAGCUAGUGUGUUGGCCAAUUUUUGGAAGUGCAGUUACUGUUCACGUCGUGGUACUGUUCAUGGGUACUGUUCAUGGACACUGUUCACACACUGAGGGCCAACAAUUAACGAGGAUUUAAAUGAUUAGUUUGUAAUAUGAGAACGAAUUUAGAGAUAUUUGAUCAUGUGGAGAUUGAUAGGAAUAGCAUCGGGAUUAAUCUUAAUGAUGAUUUCAGUUUGAAUUUGUGAUAGUCCGGUAUUAAUUCUGAGAUGUUUUGAUUAAGUUCCCGAUCGUUCUGUCAGUUAGUGCGUUAAUUGAGUGCUUGGUUUAUGCGAGUGAGUGAUAGAGCCGGUUCGUUCAACCCAGCUAGUGGGGGUUAUACACCAGCAAAUCGUGGCCCUGCUAGUGGGGAUUAUACACUGGCCGUGACCUAUAGAGGAGACGUCUAUUUCAUGCCCGUACUGUAUCUGUUUUCAUGAUUGUACUUGUUGGCAUGCUUUAAGUUUGAUAAGGGGCACUCCAUAUUUACUUACUGAGUUUAUCUCAUAGUUUUCCUUGUCCACCAUUUCAAGAAAUAAAACCGAGGACGGAGAAACCACGGGAAGUGACGAGUUAGAAAGCUAGAUAUUUCGAGAUUGAUAUAGAUUCUAGAAAUCAUGAUCUUGUAAGCUAGAGUGUACUUGGAGAUUUAUGAUAUCAGAGUAAAUUUUAAAGAUUUGA